AUGAUCAGAACCACUUUUAAAUUCGAAUCCUCAAUUUCAAUCACAAACCCGCACACAGACAUAGGAUGGCAGAGACUAGACAUGUCUGUCGGCCAGACCUUGCGGAAUUCUCGCCCGGAGCACACGUCGUCGUCCCGUAAAGUUAAGUAGAAGGACUAAGGCAAAUAGCCACUUCGCGUAGUUUGUUGGAGGCGAAGAGUUCAGUAGUUUGGGUUUAGUAAAUUACAGUUGCAUCCAAUUGGCAUACGUACAGUUGUUUUAUUGCGUCUUUCCGCUUAUCCUCUUCCGUCUAAACUCGCUUGCCUCUGUAAUUUGAGAUUUUUGACCGUAAUGUGCAUAAUAAACUCCCAGUUUUUUUCUGGGAUGCUUUGUGAGCUGAAAGUUUACGCGGUAGGUAAUUAAAAAGAAGAGAGCGAAGACGCGACUGCCACAUCGCAACGCGUGUGGGAUACGAACGGAUGGAAAUGCAUUCUCUCGUGUUUGCCUUCAAUAUAUUGGCUACCGUGGUGUGGUGUGCUCCGCCACGUUGCGAACCAAUAGACGAAAUUCUAGGAAGAUGCAAGUCCCGGGGGCACUUUCAGGAACAACCGGAGUGCGCGGAGCUGGAGCUGGGCUACUGCGACGACAUGCCGUACGACUACACCGUCUUUCCCAACAUCCUGGAGCACCGGAGCCGGGAGGAGGCGGAGGCGGGGCCGGAGUACCUGCUGCUGAGCGUGGUGCACUCGCUGCUGAAGGGGGAGUGCUCGCCGGACAUCCGCAUGCUGGGCUGCUCGGUGCUGGCGCCGCGCUGCGAGGGCGGCGCCGUGGUCAAGCCCUGCCGCCGCUCCUGCGAGGAGGUGAGGAGGACCUGCGCCCACGCCUUCGAGGGCAUCGAGAUGGCCUGGCCCUACUUCCUGGACUGCGACCGCUUCUUCGUCAGCGACGAGGAGGGCUGCUACGACCCGCUGGCCAUGCUCAGAGAAAGGCAAGAGGUCGCCCUGGCCAGAUUCUCCCCUGAGGAGCCCUCCACCAUCAUCCAGUUCACCUACCAAUCGAACGCGCAGAUGAUCAACGUGCUGAAGAAGACCGCGGCGAAGUGCUCCCACAUCUCCAGGACGUACAGCAUCGGCCGCAGCGUGGAGGGCAAGGACCUCCUGGUGAUCGAGUUCUCAGAUAACCCCGGCCAACACGACCUCUUGGAGCCGGAAGUGAAGCUGAUUGCCAACAUGCACGGGAACGAGGUGCUGGGCAGGCAGCUGCUGAUCUACCUGGCGCAGUACCUGUGCUCGGAGUACGAGCUGGGCAGCACGCGCAUCCAGACGCUCAUCAACAGCACGCGUGUCCACAUCCUCACCUCCUUGAACCCCGACGGCUACGAGCGCGCCGCGGCUGAGGUAGAGGAUAACCCUGAACCGGAAAACCAGGAAGGUCCCGUGUACAACGGGUGGACCAGCGGCCGCGCCAACGCCCAGAACCUCGACCUGAACCGGAACUUUCCGGACCUGACCUCCAUCGCUUACAGCCGACGCAGGAACAAGCGCUACCGCACCGACCACAUCCCCAUCCCAGACUCUUACUGGUAUGGUAAGGUAGCCCCCGAAACGUACGCGGUGAUGAAGUGGAUAAGGUCCAUCCCCUUCGUCCAGUCGGCCAGCCUGCACGGAGGGGAACUUGUGGUCUCCUAUCCAUACGAUUUCUCCAAACAUCCGCUAGAAGAGAAGAUGUUUUCUCCUACUCCUGAUGAACAGAUGUUUAAGCAGCUGGCCCGGACCUACGCCGACGCGCACGCCACCAUGUCCGACAACAACACCAACCGCUGCGGCGGCUCCUUCGCCAAGAAAGGGGGCAUCGUCAACGGCGCCCUGUGGUACAGCUUCGCGGGAGGCAUGUCUGACUUCAACUACCUGCACACCAACUGCUUCGAGAUCACCGUGGAGCUGGGCUGCGACAAGUUCCCCGCCGAGGAGGAGCUGUACACCGAGUGGAAGAACAACAAGGAGGCCCUGCUCUCCUUCAUGGAGUCGGUACAUCGAGGGAUCAAGGGCGUGGUGAAGGACGAAGACGGCAACGGGAUCAAAGAUGCCAGGAUAUCUGUUAGAGGGAUCCGGCACGACGUCAGGACAGCCGAAGACGGGGACUACUGGAGGCUGCUGAACUCGGGCGUGCACGUCCUCACCGCCUCCGCGCCGGGCUACUCCAGGGUGAUGAAGAAGGUCUUCCUCCCCGCGCGGAUGCAGAAGGCUGGCCGUGUGGACUUCGUGCUGAAGAAGGCCGUCCUGGAGCCCGGCGACCCCGACUUCCUGUACGCGGUCACCUACGACCGCUUCGACCCCUUCAACCAGCUGGAGCGCUACUCCCUGGGCGAGCAUGUGGGCGGCGGGGAGACCCGGCAGGAGAAGCCCUGGUGGUGGGGCUACUUCACCCAGUUCGGAGCAUCAGCCCCCACCUGGCUCCUGAGGAACUAACAGCACACCCCAAACCUCCUCCCCCCCCCCCGCCCACACCCCAAACCUGCCUGUUUUUACACACACCUCAUUUUACACAGCUGUAUGUGUUACUGAAGCUAUUCAGAUUAAGUACCUCAACAGCACAACAGCAGCAGCAGCCCAGCUGGGAAUCAACCCCACAACCAUGGCGUUGUGGGGUCAGAUCCCUAACCAUUAUACUGCACCGGCACCAUUAGGUCUAUCCCUGAAUCCAGGUAGAGCAGAUGAAAUUGCAUAGAUGUGAUCUCUUUCCUUUUCUUUUACAGCAUUACUGCUCAAAUGCAGCUGUGUAAAUGACAGCUUUAUGAAUAUGGUAUAUUUCCAUAAGGUGAUUCUUGGUAUUUUUACUGAAAUUCAUGCAGGGUAGUGUCGGCUUAUCUCUGGCCAGCGAUGACUGGGUAUGUUGUCUGCAGUUUUUUUUAUUAUUGCUUUGUUUUUUACUUGGAUAACUGCCAGGUAGACUCAGUUGGGUGCUCUGUGACACUAGAUAUUGUCAUUUUGUAAUCCACCGUUUUCACUCAUGGAGACAAAGAUUCAAGUUUUGUACUGACAGGCUUUGGAUAAUAUUCACAUUGUAUGACCAGUUAGUUCACGUUCUGAUAUUUGCAGUGUCUUUCGCUUGAUGUUUUAAUACAAAAACCAAAGUAUUAUAUGAGGCAAUAAAUAAAAAAAUAAAAAAGUUUUAACAUGAUGCCAUGACAUGACAUGACACAUGGCGAGAAAAUAAUUGUUGAUGCACUGUAGAAGACUGAAAAAAUGCCUUUUUGUACCACUUUUUUUCAAAAUAUAAAUUAAAAUAUGUAUCCUU